AUGUCGCAUAAGAUUGUCGUGCUUGGUAGUUCUGGUGUUGGAAAAACUUCUUUUAUAAAUUUAAUUUGUUCUAGGUCAGCUUCGAUUCCAUGUAGUACAGUUGGUUGCGCUGUUUCCGUUAUAGCUCAUCAGUACCGUGCAGGCAGUGCUGAAGAACAAACAGAAUUGAUAGAAUUAUGGGACAUAGGUGGAUCUUUAAUGCAUCAAAAAGCAUCUUCGGUUUUUCUUGAAGGUGCGACAGGUGCCAUUCUUGUGCACGACUUGAGUAACAGCAAAAGCGAACUGAGUUUGGUUCAAUGGCUUACGCUUAUUCGUGGUGAUAAUUCAUUAGCAUCAAAUCUUGUUUGUUCACCUAGCAUUAUUCGACCUCUUCUGUCAGAUAUCGAAAAUACUCCGAUUCCUACUCUCAUCGUUGGAUGUAAACUUGAUUUAGCACCAGGCAGGGCUAAACAGAGUGGUUAUGAUCGAAUUAACGUUGAUUGUCAUCGAGAAAUGCCCGCGGGUUCGACGAAUCGCAUUGUUAUCUCCAGAUUUUUCGAUUCUGUAGUCGAGCGUAAGAAAAAACCAAUAUCAGUUGGUCGCCGUCGACUUUUUUUAUAG